UCUCUCUCUUAUCCCCAAGCCCCACCACAAUCUCUCUCCCACGCCCGACCCCAUCUCUCCCUCGAUCCCUUCUCUGCCGCACACACUCCGCCUGGUCCCUGCUCGUCAACCGCCGCCGCCCUUCAACACGGCAGGUCCUCUGGCAUGCGGAGGGCGCCGUGGCCGGCGACGAUGGCGCCGCCGACGAGCAUCCCAGAGAUGAUGGCGCCGUGGCCGCGAAGAAGAAGGCCCAGGGGCUGCUCUCCUUCCUCGUGGCACCCGGAUGAGGUUUGAGGCGGCGGGCGACGAGAUCUGGGGCUCCAUGGCGCCAUGGUCAACUCCGCCGGAAGACCACCAUUCACCUCGUCUAGCUCGACGCCCGUGCUCGGAUCUGGAUGCUGGCAAGGGCCAGUUCGUCCGUUUUGUAAUCGUUUUUUUGUUGUUUGGUCUGUUCGUUGUUCUUAUAAAUGGAGAACAUUAUAUUGUGUAAAUACUGUGAUGAUCUCUAUUCCUAAUGGAGCAGUUAGUAGUCUCCGUCGGUCAAUUUUCGUCCCAUCUCCAUUGAUUUUUUUUCGUCCUAAAAAAAUCUACGAAAUUUCUUAGGUUAACCAGGGACAGCUUCCACCACUGUUUUUUUCAAUAUAACCGGUACAGGGAUGAGAAAAGAGAAAAAAAAGCCCAGCCUUUGCACGACCUUCCUCCUCGAUCCCAUCUCGACCUCCGUCCCGCCGCCACCUCCUGCCCCGCCCAGCCUCACCGCGCGCCGCCCGCCGCCGACGCUCCGCCCACCGCAGCCGCGCCCGCACCCAUCUCCCAUCGAUGCGCCACCAUCUCCUGUAUCCAUGCUCCGCCGUCUGAAUCCCGCCGUCGAGUCUGUCCCGCUCGCCGUGGCCAAUGAUCGCAUCGACCGGGACCGCUUCCCUCCCCAAACGGCGGCGAUGACGGAAGGCGCCGCCCAGCUCCUGACCGACGGAGUCGCCGGGUUACCGCUCCUCGGGGCCAGCCCCUCCCCCGUGUCGGGUCGCGCAUCGGCUUGGAGGCCCCUCGGGGCUGCCGCCGGUGCGGGAGUCCUGCACGGCCGUGAGGACUGGGGACCAAGCGGCGGGGCCCGUGUCACGCUCCUGUUGAGGGCUUGCUGGGGUUGGCCGGGAUCUGAGCCGCCGUCGAUGGAUUUCUUGCAGGUUGGCUACAUGUUGCUUCGGAUUUGGUACUAUCCCCAUCUCCCUCUUUCCCUCUCCCUCGGUGUGGACGCACGCACCUAAACCCAAAACCUGAACUGAAUCAGUCGAGCGCUCGUUGCCGGAUCGUUGUACCAUCGUCCCUGUCGCCGUCGCAUCAGUUCCACACCGCUACAGCGCUGCCUACCCCCGCCACUCCAUUGGCUUGGAUUUGUUUGUGGCAUGGGCUGGGAACUGUACGGUGUUGUCUGAUGCAUGUUCCGCACUGGGAGGUUUGGUCGGCUGACGCUAGGUAUGAGCAGCUCUUGAGCCUGAUUGCUGGAUGUGGGCACGCAUGCAUGUAUACUCCUCAACUUGCACUGCUUAUACAACACAUUGCCUGUACACCACAGCCAUGGACAGGCGGACGUGCU